AUGGACGAUUCCACACAAGCUGAUGCCGACAAGAUCCGUGCUAAGCGUCUGGCCAAGCUGGGCGCACCAUCGAGCGCAAGACCGCCGCGAGCUCAGAACGGCGGAAACUCAUCAUCGACACCCCCACCAACCACAGACGGUGCCACCGACAACGCUUCAGCGCCCGCGACCCGCGAGAAUCCAUUCGACCAACUGGCCGCGCAGAAGGAGCCCGAAAAGAAGGAGCCUGUCAAGAUCACUGUGACUCCGCAAACGACAGUACAGCCAAGCAAACCAGAGCGGACUCAGUCGCGGCCUAGAGAGAGAGCUGCUGAGAGCUUUGAGGCAUGGCAGGACCGCAUUCUUCGCCACAUCUUCAGAGUCACUCUCAAGCCAGAAGAGGUUAAGGACUCACACGGCAACAAGCUGAUAUUCCUGGCGAGCACCAAAGAUGACUUGGAGCAAUCAAAUCAGCCCGCCCUGCUGAAUGUGGAUAUGGGCGAUGGCAUCCUGACAGAAGCGGCUGGACAUGCGCCAAACGGCAAGAUUUUUGAGUACUUUUUGCAGACCUUCAAGCGAGCAAGUCGAGCUGUGCGCGGCUCGAGAGACCCGAUCGACCCCAAGGAUGCCAUCUUGAAGGAAGCAAAGCGGCUCAGCAUGAGCUAUUGCAUAUUCGCGGUCACUAUGCCUGAGAUGUUUGGCGGUGAUGAUGACCUCUAUGCGAACCAGAGCUCCUCGUCCGAUGCUCUGGUAGACCAUAUGCUGGUCCCAGAUAUCGAGGGUGAUCAUGGAAUUUGCACAGAAUUCUUGACCGAGGCUGCUGCGCGCUUUGAGGAGGACGAGGGUAUCAAGGAGGCAAUAGUCGGUGCUGUUGAGGAACUCAGCGCUCGAUUAUCGAAAUCAAAUAUGCUUGAGGAUUACCAAGCAUACAUUACGGCUAUGCGAAGCCUCAUUCGCUUCCCGAAAAUUGUCGACGCUGUCACACAGUCCGCGAAAUGGGCCCCUUCAGACGUCGAAGCGCAGAAUAUCGAGACCACAACGCUCCUAGGCCCAUUCUUCCGCUUAUCGCCGAUGCAGCAAGAGGUAGCGAGCAAUUAUUUCUCUGCGCCUAAAACUAGAGAUCGGAAUUUCAUUGCCGCUGCACAGAACGCCAUCCGAUUGACGCUCCGGACACACCAAGAGAUUCUCUUUGAGAUUGCCAACGGUAUCGUGCGAACUGGUGCUGCGUCACGAGAACGCAUGCUCAACUGGUUUGCGCUAUGCGUAAACAAGAACCACAAGAAGCGAGCUAUGAGGUCUGAUCCUAGAAUUGUCUCCUCCGAUGGUUUCAUGGUCAAUGUCACUGAUACCCUCACCCGCCUGUGCGAACCCUUCAUCGACGCACAAUUUGGCAAGAUCGAGAAGAUUGAUGUCGACUACCUGCGGCGAAAUCCCAGAGUUGAUAUUUCCGAUGAGACGAAAAUCAAUGCCGACCAACAAACGGCCGACAACUUUUACUCGCAAAAGGCUGAUGGCACGAGCAACUUCAUCUCAGAGGCAUUCUUCUUGGCAGUCGCCGCACAUCAUUAUGGUACGGAGGCUGCACAGACCAACAUCGAGAACAUUCGUCGGAACAUCAAGUAUCACGAGAAAGAACUCGUUGCUGCAGAAGCCGAACGCGCCAAAUACCUCAAUCAGCCGGCCUACUUGGCAAGGUAUGACGAGGCUCUUAACAAGAUGAAGAAGCGGAUCGACGACAUGUGGAGCUUCAUUCAUGCCACCCAAGGAGUCCUUCUCGACGAUGUCAGUCAAGCGCGCUCCAUGGGUCUGAUGCGCUAUGUCAUUGUGUGGGUGCUUCGCCUUGCGUCUCGCCAGAACCUGCCCAAGGAGAAGCUUCAAUUGCCGCUCCCGUCCGAGCAGCCCGAUGUCUUCAAGUGUCUCCCAGAAUAUUUCCUGGAAGACAUCGUCGGCAACUUCAAAUUCAUUACAGCGAACAUCCCUCACAUCAUUACCCCCCAGCAGUGCGAAGAGAUUGUGCAGGUCUGCAUCGCCUUCUUGCGCAGUCCGGAAUGGGUCAAGAAUCCAGGCGUAAAGUCUGGACUUGUCACUAUCUUGUUCUACGGCGUGUCACCGUAUUACAACCACCAACGCGGCGUCUUGGGCGAUGUGUUGAUUGGCUCAGACUUCGCGCACAAGAACUUGCUGCAUGCCUUGAUGAGUGCAUACAUCGAAGCUGAGCGCUCGGGCACGCACAACCAAUUCUACGACAAGUUCAACAUCCGCUUCGAGAUCUUCCAGGUCAUCAAAAAGAUCUGGGUUAACACACUGUAUCGCGAGAAUCUUGCGAAGGAAGCUAAAGUUAAUACCGACUUUUUCGUUCAAUUCGUUAACAUGAUGGUCAACGAUGUCACCUUUGUGCUCGAUGAGGCACUGUCGAGUUUCGUCAAGAUCAAUCAUUUGCAGAAGGAGGUCAAUGACCCGGCCGUGAUGCAAGGACUCAAUGAAGAGCAGCGAAGAGAGAAGUUGGAGCUCCUCGAGGACACCAAAGGCAAGGCAAAGAGCUACAUGCAGCUUACCAACGAGACUAUGGAGGCGCUCAUUCUCUUCACCGAGACGCUCGCCGAUGCUUUCACCAUGAAGGAAAUUGUCACGCGAUUGGCAGACAUGCUGGACUACAACCUCGAUUCCAUGGUUGGACCGAAGAGCACCGACCUGAAGGUUGACAACAAGGAAGAGUACAAAUUCCGGCCCGCCCAACUGCUAGCAGAUAUCCUCACCGUCUUCCAAAAUCUAUCACACAAGGAGACCUUUGUGCAAGCAAUCGCUCGCGAUGGACGCUCCUACAAGCCAGCGAAUUUCACCGAAGCUGCUCGCAUCAUGCGCAAGACAGCCAUGAAGUCGCCAGAUGAGCUUCGUGUAUGGGAGGAGCUUGGCAAGAAGGUCGCGGAGGCUAAGGCUUUGGAAGAGCAAGAAGAGGCCGAUCUUGGAGAGAUUCCUGACGAGUUUAUGGAUCCUCUCGUCUUUGACAUCAUGUCUGAUCCGGUCAUUCUGCCCAGCUCGAAGAACGUCAUCGAUCGGAGCACGAUAAGAAGUCACUUGCUCAGUGAUCCAACCGAUCCAUUCAACCGGGUACCUCUAAAGAUCGAGGAGGUAAUACCGGACAUGGAGCUGAAGGCCAAGAUUGAAGCUUUCAAAGCAGAGAAGAAGGCUGAACGAGCCGCAGCCAGGGCCGCUGCAGCCGAUGCUAUGGACACGACUGAGGGAUGAACGGCACCGGUAGCAUCUAUUCGUUUAUGCAUAGCGGGAGGUUCAGGCACAUUCUCUAGAAGCGCUUCAUAGCAUUGGUGAAGCCGCAAGCACGAUGACCUGGGAUGGUUCCUUGAAGACAACCGCACGCUGGAUUCUUUCCAUCUCAUAGAUCAGGUCAAGCCGAAUCAAACUGAGUGCACAAG